AUGGAAGCGAAUUCGGGUGGAAUGGCCAUGCAGUUUGCAUUUGCUGUCACGAUGAGCAACCAACUGAUUGCAAGGGCGGUUGAUGUCCACCGCGGCAUCCCUGAUUGGAUUGAGUCUGCCUUCAGCAAGACAGAUUGCUUAAUGGCUGUGGGAAUGGAUGAGGAGUCCGCAAUGUCUGAAACAAACAGGAGGCAUAUGUUUCGCCUAUUGAAGGGCACCGAACAAUCUGAGGGCCCACCCUAUCAUCCCAAUACCGAACAAGACAAUACAAAUCGUGCUGUCUAUCUUGCCGGUUUGAUAACCAUCAACCCCGCUACUGGGAGGAAAGCUUCUCUUGCCUAUGUCAUGAGGCUGGCUGGAUUUCCCGAAUCAAGCUGUGGCCCCGGAAAGAACUAUGUUCGAGUUUCCCGUCGAAUCACCGCAUUGAAAAAGAAACAACCCACAGCGUCAAAACCUCCUGCGGCUGCGAAAAUACCACCCGCUACUACCAAUUCAAAGCGUCCACCAGCUCCAAGCUAUGCAUCGAAGAGGCCAGUCAAUGAAAUUCAAUUGGAAGAAGAUACAUAUUCCGCUCCAAAUGUGCUUUCUCCCUUAUCAUCUGCAUCUUUGUCUGAUCGACCUCCUGUCGCAAGAAAGCCAAAAGCAAGAGAUGCUCCUCUUGUCCACGAUGAGGUGUGCUUUGAAUAUUACAACACACCACCCAUCUUUGAUUAUUCUGAGACUCUCCCUCCGCCAUUUUUGAGUCCGAUGUCUGAUUCCUCCUCUUCUUGUGGAUCUGUAGCCAAUGUGUCAUUCAAAGAUGCUAAACAUCGGCCCAAGAAUAUCAACAGCGCCAUUUCACAUCUAACAACAUCGCAAGUGCACAGGCGAACCACACAAGCUGCUCAAAUCGAAAGGCAAACCGACCGAGAGUUGGACAACAUUCGAAAGUCCAUGUACAAGGCAGGCACUGUCAUUUACAAGUCAGUGACAACAAAGGAAAAUACCCUGCACAUUUUCAAAUCAUCUGAAGCAGUGGCCAGUGCUCUCAACCAUCUUAUCGGCGUUGACAUGCUUUCUGGGAGGGAACUCGCUGAAGGUGUGCGGAAAGGUAGAGUCAAUCAAUCUCCACCGCGUCUUGGCAGGAAGGGAGACAUUCCCCAGGAUGUGUUCAAAGCGUUCUGCAGUGCUGUGUUCACUCUCUGUGCCAUUGAGCAAGCUAACUGUCAAGACAGAAUGAAUCGAGAGCAGCUGAAAAGUUCGGUUGGGGAAGUGCUUAAUGAAAUGAGGCAACGCAAUGGCCUCGACUCAAUGAACGACUCCAAGUUUUACAGUCGCAUUGAAAAGGAAAUAAGUCAUCUGCAAGAUCUCGAGAAAGCUGAUACUCGAGAGUCUCUGCGAGUGUUGUGGUUAACGUAUCAGGCACAACAAAAACAUUACAUCAAUUGGGAGCAGACGGCUGUCGAACUUGGUUUUGCGCGACAACUGCUACCAACAGAGCUAACAGAGGACGUUGGAUACAUUGUCUGGAAGGAAGAAGCACUCCAUCGUGUGCUGCAAUUCGAUGAAAUGAACAUUGCUCUUGAUGGAACGGAUGAUUCGAUUGGUGGCAGGCAGUCGAGGAUUCCGACAUCGAAGGGAAUGGGAAACGCCGGAAAGGCGGCCGAAAAGAGUGGAGCUUCCAUGACUCUUAUGUUUGGAAUGAGUUUCGCGAAUGAAGCUUUGCCGCCGUUGUUCAUUUUCCCAACGAAAUCUAAGGAUCCCAGCAACUACAAGCAUCGCGUGGACUUUGCUGCUUCGCUUCCGCAACUUGAAGCGCAGUAUGGUUUUAACAGGCUUCGACGCCACAAUGUUCCUUUUGCGAUGAAUCCAAAAGGGGGGAUGACCAAAGAGAUGCUAGAAGCGUUCUUUCGGAAGUGCGUGCUCCCAUUAUACCCCAAUGCAGCUGAUCGAGAGGGGCAAAGACUCCUUAUCAAGAUUGACUCUGGACCAGGUCGCAACAACCCAGAUUGUCUUCGGAAGUUGAGAGCAAGAGGGGCACAUUUGCAUCCGGGCCUGCCGAAUGGAACGGAGGUAGGCCAAGAAUGCGAUCAACUCUUUUCUUUGCUCAAAAAGCUCAUCUACCAGAACAGAGAAAAGCUUUGGGGCUCACGAUAUCGAUUGGAAGGAGAGAAGGCUGCUCUGUCGAUGGCCGAUGUCGGAAUGCUUGUAUUUGGCGGGAGUGCUACAAUGAUAGAUGGUACAACCGUGGAGCUUGUCGAUGCAUUCGCACAGGCCACCGAUGCAGAGCACAUUUCAGCUGCAGCAAGAAAGUGUGGGUAUUGCCCAAGCACGAGAGUUGGACUCAAAUCUGCAAAGAUUAGACAUGAAAUCGUUGAAACUGAGGAUGGAGAUAUCAAUGAGUCUGCCGACCCUUAUGGUUGCCUCCUUGAUGAGUUGGAGCAACAGAACGACGACGCUGUUUCAUUCCUUGAAGAUAACGAUUACAACCUAGCCGACAAUCUUCGACGCCAUCCAAAGAGGGUAACAUCGGCUCAAACCAAAGGUCGGAUGUCUGUUGUCACCGUUCCAAACACAAGAGAGAGGCAGGACGCAAUUCAGAGCUGCUCAACAGCCGGCGGAUGGUUUCAGGCAACUAACGGAGGAGCUCCAAUGACUUGUGACGACGCUUUGAUUGCUUAUGCCAGGAAGGAUAUGCUUGUGAGAGCAGAAGAGAUGGAAAAGAGAAAGAAAUCGACAAACAAGAGAGUGACAGUCGACUCGGGUGUCAAGAAGAUUGUUGACUCCAAGCGAAGCCACAAGGAGUGGCUCAAACCUGAGCUGCAGACAAUGAUAAAGUGGAAGCAAGGACUGCAUCCGACGGCGCCCUACAACGACAGCGUUCAAAAGAAGAAACAGGAGCUAGUGACAUUGUGGGAAACGAAAUACCAGCAUCUUGAGGUCAACAAUGAUGAUGAUGGUUGGACAAGCGACGAUAGUGAGGAGCUGCAGCGCCUUCGAGAUGGAACUAUUUUCGAUUUUGAUGCUGAUGUUGGAUUGAAUAAUUGCUUCGACAACGAAGACGAGUUCUUGUCGACUAGCCUGCUCACUAUUGACAAGGCUCGUCGCCGCAAAGUGUUGCUGGGAGUCUUUCAGUCGAUGGACAAAGAUGAGUCCGAUGAUAUUGUGGCCGAAAUCAUGUAG